AUUCAGCCCAGGUGUAAAUUCUGCCCGGAUAGAAUUUAAAGACCACAUUUUGAGGGGUAAAAAUUAAAAACCACCCCAGCGAAGGUAAUCCUGCAAAUUGCCCAUUCAGUAUUAUGAAUAAAUUCUCAAGGGAGAAGUACUGUGAAAUGAAACUAAUGGAAGCACAAAGGAAUCAAUUUCGAUUUAGAUGAUUAUAACGAUUUUCAUGCUCUUUAACGGAAUUGUUUAACGCCACCGAAAUAAACUUUUCAAGGUCUGGAGGUGUCGCUUUCAGAAUCUUAUACUGUUGGAGAUUUCAAAAGACAAAAGACGUUCUGGUUGUAGAGCCUCAAGUCUGCACAAGCAAAAGAGUCAUUAUGGAAUUAGCAGAUAGAACGAUUGGGCUGCUUUUGACAGUGACUAGUUUGUCCAUUUUCACAUAUUAUACCUUUUGGGUCAUCAUUCUGCCAUUGGUUGAUACUGAUCAUUUUGUGCACAAAUAUUUUCUACCUCAAGAGUAUGCAAUUCUUAUUCCCGUAUUUGCUGGAAUGGCACUCAUUUGCCUGCUGAGCAUGUUUAUUGGAUAUGUGAUGCUCAAGUCCAAAAAGAAGAAGGCAUGACACAACCUUGCUAAGCCUGCUGGUAGCUGUUUGGAUUAUAUGAUAGUUCAUGGUUUUGCUCUUGAACAGCUCGUGUCACAUAAAAUUCUCUAUUCAUUUGUUGACAGUGAUCUGAAAAUUCUAGUUAUGCCUUCUAGUAGUCACUACAUAUAGACAACAAGCUCUAUUUUGUGUUUGUAGCUUUUUAGGAAUGUCUGUUACCUAUAAUAACUAUUCAUUAGUCUAUAUAUCGUCGUUCAUGGCUUUGAAGAACUCAAAGGGGGUUAGAUUGAAAAGUAAGGAGACCCCUGCUAUUACAAAAAUCGACUAUAUUUUGAUAAAUAUAUAGAGGUCGAUGUUUCCACUUUGGUUGGGGACUGGAGCAUCUUUUCUUCGUUA